CCCGAUGUGUCCACUAGAGGGCACCGAAGUCACUGUUUUGAUAGACGUGUAGGAAGAAGCUGGACGCCAUCCGUUCUCGAAUCUGCUCAGGUCUACAGGAGCCGGCUUGAAUUGAUAUUUCAGAACCAAGAUGACGACUGCACCAUAUAAUUACUCCUAUAUCUUCAAAUAUAUCAUUAUUGGUGAUAUGGGGGUUGGAAAGUCUUGUUUGCUUCACCAGUUUACAGAAAAGAAAUUUAUGGCGGACUGCCCUCACACUAUCGGGGUGGAGUUUGGCACACGGAUAAUCGAGGUGAGCGGGCAGAAGGUGAAGCUGCAGAUUUGGGACACGGCGGGUCAGGAGCGAUUCCGCGCUGUCACUCGCAGCUACUACAGAGGAGCCGCCGGAGCUCUCAUGGUGUACGACAUCACCAGGCGAAGCACGUACAACCACCUGAGCAGCUGGCUGACUGACGCAAGGAAUCUCACCAACCCGAAUACAGUGAUUAUUCUUAUCGGUAACAAAGCUGACCUCGAAGCUCAGCGAGACGUUACAUACGAAGAGGCCAAGCAAUUUGCUGAAGAGAACGGCCUGUUGUUUUUGGAGGCAAGUGCCAAAACAGGUGAGAAUGUUGAAGACGCAUUCCUGGAGGCAGCUAAGAAAAUCUACCAGAACAUUCAGGACGGGAGUCUGGACCUGAACGCUGCCGAGUCAGGAGUCCAGCACAAGCCCAAUGCUCCACAAGGCGGUCGACUCUCCAGCGAUACACAGCCUCAGAAAGAGGGCUGCAGCUGUUAAUGACCAUGGAGUCUUCUUCCUGUUUGUCUCGUUCCAUAUCUCCCCUCUAAACCCACACCACAUCCCCCCUCUCUGUAGUGUCCACUCUCUCUUUCGCUUUUCUUUCCCUCUCUUUCGCUUUUCUUUCUCUUUCUCUCUCUCUCUUAUUCUCUAUUUCUCUGUAUGAUCUGAAUGCUCUACCUAUCCUUAUUGGCCAUGAGGUUAGAGUUUGGGGCUGAGCAGCUCUGAAUGAUGAAGGGCAAGCAUUCAUCAGCUUCUGUCAUGUUCAUCCCUUUCCUCUCUCUCUCCCUUCCCUCUUAUCUCCACUCUAACUCAUUUUAUCUGUUCAUAAUGCACACAUCCCAGUGCACUCAGCAAACAUUCACAGGAGGACGAAUUCUUUACCGAACACUAAUGUAGAUGGGGGGGAAAACAAAACUGAGUUUAUCAACAAACGGGUUGAUGUGCAUAACUGUAAAUGAGACAUCAUGUGUACAGGAGUUGUUUAAAUAGUGGGGUAAUUUAAAUCAAAUGAAAUUUUGAUAUGCGUUAUUCUCGUUUAAUAGGAAAUGAAGUUUAGGCAGAAUCUGAUUUUAGAAUGUGCUUAAGAGAAAAUGCAUGAUAACCUGUUAUUGUACAUUUUGUUAAAAAAAACAAAAACUCUGUUUUAAUUAGGAUUAAUGCAAUGUCGCAAGUAACCAGUCACCACAUGUUUUUCCUUGUUUGUACCUACUCAGACAUAUAAUAAUAUACAAAGUACUAUACAGGAUGAGUAUUGUUAAACAAAUGAAAGCGCAGUGGUAAAAAAACGUUUUUUUUGGGGGGGGUGAGGCAUGGGGUUGCUUUAGAUACGAGAUGUUUUAAGACCUAGGACAUUAAGAGUAAUAUAUUAAACAGGACAAAUAUUUGAGUCUGUAAAAACUUUUUUUUUUGCACUUUGUAGCUUGUUUUCUGUGGCCUAGAUCUUUUCUGUUUUAUUAUCUUUAUAGUCUUAAAUGCUCAAAAAGCAAAGCGUCCAGUGUACUAUAGAGUUCAAUAUCUGUUGGUCCUUGACAUGUUCAACAUCCCUGAUUCCCCAGCAUUGUUAAUGUAAAAACCAGACCAGCACUAUCUAACCCUGUUAAGGAAAUAAACCUCUUAAGUAGUCAAAAAGUGUAUUUACACUUCAUAUCAAUGUGACUUUUCAGUUCUAGUUUUCUGUUGCCUUAUGUUUUGUGUUUGUUCUCAUGUCCUCUUUUCUUUAAAUCUUGAUUGGUUUGUAAAAUUCAUUACAUGAACAAGUCACUUGAACUUCAUGCUCAAACAGGCACUAAUAUUAGGCUUUUCCACCCCUUCUGAAGCAUUCCUUUGCUCUGUGUGUGUAUAUAUAUACUUUUUUUACACUGAAUUUGAGAGUUAUAAACUGGAUUUGUGGUGUAAUAAACUGACUCUUGGUUCAGCCUUAGUUUAAUCUAAUUGUAUUUUGGCAAAGUGGUUUCAUCUCAAACUAAUCGUAAAUGCACCAGUUGAAAUUUUCUCUGGACUCUUACUAAGUAAAAGUUACUGCUUUUGAUUAAAGAACGCAACACCGACUUGUGCAAUGUUUCAGUGGCAUUUCAAGGGGAUGAAAAAGUCAGAAAUGAUUCCACAAAUGGUUUUCUGAGAUCUAUACGUUGAAGUGAGAUGGUAAAGUACGUGUGAAAUGUUUUGUAAUCUAAAAUUACUUUUCCUUUAUGAAAACCUAUUCUCUUGCUUUUGUCCCUCAUGUCUCAUUGACCUUUAAAAAAAAAAGCAUAUUUAACCUUCUGCUUUGAAACUCUGAGGUAUGUCUUCUAUCAGUGGCGUUUGUAAUUAUGUUAAUAAAGACAAUGCUGUAGACUGUC